AUGUUCACCGUCAAGAGCGCCGCCGCCUUCGCGGCCGCCUGCCUCCUCUCCCUGGCCUCCGCCUCGCCGGUCGAUAUCCGUGCUCCUCACGAUAUCGCCCCCGUCUUGGCGGCGCGUGCCAACUGCAAGCUCAACUACCUCGGCGCCUGCAUGCCCACCGUCGCCGUCGGGGCCGUCAACUUUGGCUCCAUGUGCGGCGGAGGCGCCGGCCUGCCGUCGGCCACCGUCACCACGUCCCCGCCCGCCGUCACCUCGCCGCCCACCGUCACCACGUCCACGGUGAGGACGUCCACCUCGACGGCCCCCAAGCUGUGCACCACCACCUCGGUCACGCCCUCCACCUGCGAGUACAAGGUGGGCAACUGGUGCGCGACCAACAUCCCCAGCUGGACCAACAAGUCGACCUGCACGACGGCCAAGAAUGCCUGCAGCGCCCAGGUGCUCACCUGCGCUGCCAAGGCCGGCGGGCUCCUCGGCCUCAACGCCCUCCAGUGCAUCAACUACACCGCGUGGUGCACUCAGAUGAACACCCACUGCAACAGCAAGUGCUCUACCGCCGCUUCUGCCUCGUGCGGCAAGGAGCAGUUCUACGCUGCUAGCCCCCAAGGGUUACGUGCCCCCUACGACCAAGACCACGACUUACACUUGCCCCGCUGCCGCCGCCAGGUCUUACCAGACCCCUCCUCCUAG